CCGAACCUGUCCUCUGAUCAUGGCUGAUCGCGUCCGCGUCCGAGGUGUUACAAUACACAGACCGAUAAUAUAUGGGAACAUUGCGACGGUCCUUACUCCUGCUGAACGGGAGACUUCUCACUAUCAAGACCACACUCAUCGGUGGACAGUCGCAGUUCGAAGUGCCCCGAGCGCCCCGGACUCUGAUAGUGUCGGUGGGGCAGAUGACUUGGGGUACUUUAUAAAAAGAGUCACGUUCAAAUUACAUGAUACAUAUCCGAAUCCGACCAGAAACAUCGAUAAACCCCCAUUUGAGGUGUCAGAGACUGGUUGGGGAGAGUUCGAGAUUCAAAUCCGCAUCACGUAUGUAGCAGAGUCUGGCGAGAAAGCCACCACGCUAUACCACCACCUGAAGUUACAUCCUUGGUCAACUACCUUCCCUCUCCCCAAUGCAUCCGCAGUUCCUCCAGAGCCUGAAAUUCCAUCUCCCGAGAACGCUGCAAAGCUCGGGCCUGUGCAUAGCUGGCAAUAUGACGAGAUCGUCUUUACGGACCCAUUCCAAAAUUUCCUUACUCUUCUAACUUCGCAUCCACCAAUGCCGCUGCCGAAAACGAGUGUAAACAAGAAGCCUAUUCCUUUUCAUUCGUCUAACCCUGCGUCAUUGGAGGCGAGUCUAAAGGGUGGCGUGCCGGAGUUCACUAGUGCCAUGGAGAAAGACGAGGCUGACAGGUUGGAAGAAGCGAAAGGCAAGAUUAUCAAAGAGCAGGAGAAGUGGCGAAGCAUCUUGAUAGAAAGAGAAAAGGAGCUUGAAAGACUUCAGAAGUUACUUGCGUCGAAGGAGUGAUCUUGCCGGACAUUGGUGUCUCUAGGUAGGAUAUCUGUGAGCAGUGAGCACGCGAAAAAACGACGGUCCUCAAAAAAAGUGUGCUCGGGCGUCCCUCUGAACCUACAGCAAUAUCCUCGGUCAGGGAUUGAGUCCAUGACCUGCCAGAUCUGCGAUACCUCUCGUAGAGAUUGGCUGAGGGCCAAGCAAUGUCGUACCACAGCAUCUGACUUACGACGUCUCUAGACGCCGCUCUUUCUCCAUUGCGCGUAUAGUACCACAUACUGCCUUUGCAUGUGCCGAGAACAUGAUCUGUAUUAGUUAGCUAAAUGUCACUAACCAAGAUGAUACUA